AUGACGUCCACCAAUUCGCAGUCCAAACCACCCAAAAUACCCUUGGGACCCGAACCAACCUUGUUGAGUCGGAAACAAGUCGAUGCUCUCUAUGAAACCCUGCGAGUGGUCCAAAAGGCCUUGACUCGACUCCAAGUGGAUUUCAUUGUGACGGGAGGAUCCUUGUUGGGGGCCAUUCGACAACACAGCAUUUUGUUCUGCGACGAUGAUAUCGACAUGGCCAUUUUGGACUACGAUGGCACUGUCUACGAACAAGUAGUACUUCCGAAUCUGCAACAAAGCUUGGACGCUGUCAUCCGAGAAGAAAACGAAUUGGAUCCUACCAAACAAACGAAGAAUCCAGAAUCCUACGCCUUUCAAAUCAAACCAUGGGAAGGAGGCGACCGGAUACGACCGAAGCGUAUGAAUACAGUCUUUGUGGACCUCUUUGUCCUUCGACCCUAUCGGACGGAACAAGACUUACUACGAGUGAUUGGCCAAAAGCGAAAUGGACAAGCUCAGUCUCAGGAAUACAUCGAUUCGGUUUUGGAAAAGCUGACGCAGAGUGCUUAUUCACAGGGUGAGACUGAAUCUUUGUAUCCUUGUUGGCAAUUUUCUACCCGCAAGGCAGUGGAAAUGUGGGCCAAGGAAGUCUAUAGGGAAUCGGAACUCUUUCCGUUGGAUGAAAAUCUUAAAAUGGGACCAUUGACACACAUCAAGGGGCCCGCCCAGCCGGUUCGUCUUUUGAAACGAGCGUUUGGAGAAGAUUGCUUUCAUGUAUACUAUCAAAGUGUCAGUCAUGUGGGUGGUGUCACGAACAAUACAAAUGCUAGUGGCAACAAGAAGAACGAGAAGGAAACCAAUAAUGAGGGAACAGCAUUGGUAUCGUCAAACCAGGAUCUAAGUGAACAUCAAGGGUCACAGCAAGACAAAGAAGCAUCAUCUAGCAAGGAGAAGAAAAGGAACGAAUUAAAGCCAUUGGUAUCUGCCGCUGGCACAUGGGAACAAAACCCAAAGGUUCCUCUUGAGGCAGGACAUUACUUGCCAAUGCAACCCAUUCCAAAAGCCUCUCGACGACACACCUCGCACAACCGAGAGACACUGUUGGAAUAUUUGAAAGUGCAAAGUGAAUUAGAAGGUUUACCAUUUAGUGAUACUGGCAAUGACCAUGCCAUGGAUAAAGAUGGAGGUGGCACUAAUGCUCAUGAACUGACAGAGAACCAUGACAAUAAUGACAUUGAUUCCAGUCCACCACCCAAUCGAACUAUUUACAUGGACGGUGUCUUUGAUCUGUUCCACAUUGGACAUUUGAAUGCCAUUCAACAGUGUGCUCGUCUAGGAACAAGAGUCAUUUUGGGAGUUACGGGGGACCAAGAUGCAGCUGGAUACAAACGGCCGCCCAUUGUGCCGCAAGAGGAACGAGUGGCCAUUGUACAAGCCUUGCAAUGCGUUCGAAAAGUAGUCUGUCCCUGUCCACUGAUUGUCACGAAAGAAUUUAUGGAAGAACAGGGGAUUGAUUUGGUAGUGCAUGGAUUUGCCAAUGAUGCCGAUGCCGAAAAGCAGAAUGAAUUCUUUGCCAUUCCCAUGUCCAUGAACAAGUUUCAGCGCAUUGAGUACUACAAGGGCUUGAGCACAACCGAUCGAAUCGAAAAGAUUCAGAAUCAAGCUAUUAUUGCUGCUACUGCGGUGGCAGGACCAUCGACGGACUCUGCUGGGCAUCAUGGUCCGAUGCAGCCCUUGUUGUCGCCGUCAAAUCAAGCGACCCCAAAACCAGCAACCGACGAAACGAAUCAGAAUGGUGGAUUGGACAAGAAGAAAUCACAAUGGUUUGGUUACUGCGUGGCCCAAGCUACCAACAAUGCCAGUACUAUACCCUUUGAUCCAAUUCCACUAUCGUUGAGAAUGGUGAUGGAACCUCACAUUGACAAGGCCCGCAUCAACCGAACACAAGCCUUGGAUGCCAUUCGUCACGCGACGGGUGCGGAGCAGUACGACCGAACCAUGAAGGAUUUUACAAACCAUUUGAUGGAAGAGGGGCAAAUACAUUCCUUGGCGGCGAUUCAAAAGCUUCGAUCCGCUCUCUUGAUAAGUCUUGGGUUGGAUCCCAAUUUUGAUUUGAGCAAACUGCACUUGAGUGAACGGGGUCAUAAGGACAAGGCACUAUGCCAACUGACCCAAUCCUAUUCGUCCUUUCAAUCCGUCUUUGAUGACUUUGUACGGACGACAUGUGUUCCCGUCCUUGCUUCAAAGUAUCCUUCUUGGCAUAUGAAUGAUGAUGAUGAUAAUGAUGGUGGAGUCGAAACAGUACGAGAAAUUUACUACCAAUCCUUUCCUUGUCUUCGCAUCAUUCAACCUGACGAAUUCAGCAUUGGACCCCAUGCUGAUGUUGCGUAUGGUCAUCAUCCCUGUUCCAUCAAUUUUUACAUACCUCUGACGGCCAUUGGAGGAUCCUCGUCCCUCUUUUUGGAAAGCCGGGUCGGUUCCGAAGAUUGGCAUCCCAUAGAGGGUGACGGCCAAGAUCAAAUCAAGUACUUUGCCGGUGCCUCUUGUAUGCAUUGGACGACGGAAAACAAGACGGAUCGUACUAGAGUAUCAUUGGACUUUCGCAUGAUUGUGGGACCAAUGUUUGACGCACUUGCUUGUUGCGAUGGUGAUGAUAAUAAUGGUGGAAAGAUUGACGUGUACCGCACGUCCAAAGGGUAUUACAGCAAAUGCGUCUUUCAGGGAAACAAUGACUCUUCAUUUUCUACCAAUACAAUAAGUGGCAAUACCAAUGACCACCAUACAAGUGGCAUCUGGGAACGAAUCGGACCACUUUUACCCCCAGAUGCCCGUACUGGUUUUCCAUGGACCGUCAAGGUUUGGAAGAAGCAACAGCAGCAAAAGCAAGAGCGCAAAUAG